AGCUCGGGGGUCGUUAUUCUGCCACGAAAAAAAGCCCUUUUGGCCCCCUGAGCGCUCUGAGCGCCUUGCUGGCUCCGCUCGCCCCGCUCGCCCCGCUGCAGGUGGGCGGCGGCGCGGCGCGAUGAGGGAGGCAGAGCUGAGGAGGCUGCUGGCCGCCAACCUGCUCUGCGCCGUCUCCAUCGUCCUGACGGCACUCGUGCCUGCUUUGUUUCUGGACGGGUUCUCAGUUUUGGGCACGCACCUCACGUGGCUGUGUGUUUGUUCUGUUUGUGUUAGCGUCCUUAACGUAACCUUGUGUUUAAUCCUAAAGCCAAAUCCGUCUUCUAAGAGAAGCUCGCUGUCUAACAAGAUAUCCAGAUUUCUAAAAUGCUGUAUAUACUUUUUCAUGUCUUGCAUACUAUUUCAUGCGAUUAUUGUUCUUUAUGGAGCACCUCUCAUAGAGUCAGUGACUGAGACAUUUUUGUUUGCAGUUCUCUUGUCUACCUUUACUACUUUACAAUGUUUAUGUUUGCUGGGACCAAACGUACAAGCUUGGAUACGAGUAUUUAGUAGAAAUGGAGCUAUGUCCAUCUGGGAAAACAGCCUACAGAUUACUACAACGUGCAGUAUACUAGGAGGUUGGUUUGGAGCAUUUCCUAUUCCUCUUGAUUGGGAUCGGCCCUGGCAGGUAUGGCCCAUUUCAUGUUCCCUCGGAGCUACCUUUGGCUAUAUGGCUGGUCUGAUUAUUGCACCUCUGUGGAUACACUGGAACCGCAAGCAGCUUACAUACAAAAGCAGAUAACUGGCGCAAAGAGAGACAAGGUAUUUCUUUGUGCAGAUUCCAUACAGACUGUGCAAAAGUUUCUUUUUUGUUGUUGUUUUUUUUUGUUUUUUUUUCCCCUCUAGAUAUAUCUGUAUAUGUGUAGUCAAAACAGACGACUAUCCAAAUUCAUUUAGAGUAUUACAGGCCAAGCACCUCCACUCAAUAGCAUCAUACAGAUGCUGUUUCAACAUGGUGCAGCUUUUUGCUUCCUCUAGACUAUGUAACCCUGAGAGAUUGUACCUUCCAGUCUGAAUAAAAUAUUUGUAACAGAUGUGGUGGCUUCCUAUUACAAAGUUCAUUGAUUUUGAUUGUAUUCCUCUGGAUUUCACUGGUUGUAGAAGGCAGAAUCAUUAUUUUAGCUUUCAAACAAGUUUGCUGUGUACUUAAUGCGUUGUAUUUAAAUUCAGUAGAAUUUCACAGUAAGCCUGGCCAUUGUCAAAUGUAUCUCACGUGAUCAAACAGCAGUUUAUGCAUCUCGAACCUAUUCUCUUCUUCACCGUGUGUUUCUUUGGAGUUAGAAUGGCUAUAAUAGCUUCAUCAAAAACAGUCUUCAGUCCUUUCUGUGUUAAAGCUGAACACUCCACAUAGCAGUAGGCUCCUAUCUGUCAAGAAAAUAAGUUAAUUCAAUAGCAACAUAUUGCAGCUGUUCAGAACUGUGCACCUCAGCGAUUUGUUUCUAUAGUGAAAACCACAAAGUUUGGCUGCAAUCUUGAAAAUUUUUCUGAAUGUGCUUCCCCCUGUAGAAGAACAGAAGAUUUGUAUUCUGGCCAAAGAUAGGGCAUGUCUUUAAUUUGGUUUGUCUUCUAAAGGAAGCAUAUUAAAUAAACUCUUUGGACAGGCAGUGAGGUCCUCCAGGCAUUUUCAGUAACUAAACAGCAAAAAAUAACAUGACCAAUUUAUGUUUCAAAAGGAAGUCACAAUAGAAAUGGUCACAGUAUCCACACAGGGUGUUAAAAUGAUAAUACAGCAUUCAGAAAUAAUUUCCUACACGUGGUUCCAGCACCUUGCUCCAGCAUGGGGAUUUGACAAGAUGACAUCCAGGCUUCCUUUCUAACCUCAACCAUUCUGUGAUUUCAACUAUCUCUGAUUAAUGCUUACAUAAUUUUUACCGAGUUUCUAUUCAGAAAGUUAGAACAAUUACUAAUAAGGAAGUACUAUUCCAUAGGUCUGCUCCUUAGCUACCAGUUAUGAGGUUUCCUAUAUCAACUGGUAAAAGAAAUGGGCAAAGCUGUAGAGGAAGAAAAAGCCAAUUGAAAAUUGAUGUUUGUUGCUUCUUUGGUAUGUCAUUUCAUUUAGGAGUUUCUAGUUUACCUCUUUUGCUAAUUUCUGUCCUUGUUCCACAGAUAAAGGCUUCUCUUUCAUAUCAUUCAAUCUUGCCAGAGUUUUGGGGUCAUCACGAAGAUCAAUCUAGCAAGAAAGAUUGCAGACAUGUUGGAAUAGCUUUUUUCUAAAUAAAAGUCAACUGGUUGUUAUAUAAA